AUGAGAAUUCCAUUGCUUCCAUGGUUUUUCUUGAUACCCUUUUGCUGUUGUGCACUGUUCCAUACAAUUGUGGUGUCUGGCCAAUGUGACAGCAACGAGCAGCAAUCUUUGCUGCUCCAAUUGAAGAACAGCCUCAAUUUUAACACUACAUUCUCCACAAAACUUGUGAAGUGGAAUAAUGCUUCGGAUUACUGUCUUUGGGAAGGUGUUUCCUGCAACCAGCGUUGUGUUACCCAUCUUGACUUGAGCAACGAAUCGAUUUCGAGUGGACUUGAUGAUUCAAGUGCUCUUUUCAGUCUGCAAUACAUCGAGAACCUGACUUUGGCUUUUAAUGACUUCAAACAAAGCCUGAUUCCAUCGGAGAUCAACAAGUUGGCCAGUUUGAGUUAUUUGAAUCUAUCAAAUGCUGGCUUUGCAGGGCAGAUUCCGAUUGAGAUUUCGCACUUGAGAAGGUUGGUGUUUCUUGAUUUAUCUACUAUUUAUUUUCCUGGAAUUCCUGCACUGCAACUUGAGCAUCCAAAUUUGAAUUUGCUCAUUGGAAACCUUUCGGAGAUAGUUGAACUUCAUCUUGAUGGUGUGAACAUAUCAGCACAGAGAGCUCAGUGGUGUCAAGCAUUAUCAUCUUCAUUGCCAAAGUUGAGGGUGUUGAGCCUGUCCAGUUGUAAUCUUUUGGGCCCUAUUGAUGUUUCAUUGUUGAAGCUUCAAUCACUCUCAGAAAUUCGUAUAGAGAGUAACAAUUUGUCUACUCCAGUUCCAGAGUUCUUGUCAAAUUUCACAAAUUUGACUUCCUUACGCCUCAUGAAUUCAGGGUUACUUGGUACAUUCCCAGAGAAGAUCUUUCGGGUACCUACACUGCAGAUUAUCGACUUAAUUGGCAAUCAAGAGCUACAAGGUUCGCUGCCAGACUUUCCGAAGAAUGGAGCUCUUCAGUUCCUGUUCCUAGCCAGGACAAAUUUUUCAGGGUUAUUGCCGGAAUCUAUUGGAAACCUCAAGAUGUUGUCCAAAGUAGAUCUUUCAAAUUGCAACUUCACGGGACCAAUCCCAAAGUCAAUGGAAAGCCUUACGGAACUGGUUUAUGUGGACAUGUCAGCAAACAAGCUUAAUGGUUCAGUUCCAUUGUUGAGUAUGGCCAAGAAUCUGACCAACAUAAAUCUUUCGUACAAUGAGCUAACAGGUCAGAUUAACUCUAUUCGCUGGGAAAACCUGAUCAAUCUGGACUUGCGUUUCAAUCAACUGAAUGGAAGUAUUCCAGUGUCCCUGUUUUCCCUUCCCUUGUUGCAGAAACUACUACUCUCCAACAAUCAAUUCUCUGGUAAGUUGCAUGAAUUUGCCAAUAUCUCUUCACUGGACACCGUCGAUUUGAGUAGCAACAAUUUGGAAGGAACGGUACCCAUGUCUAUCUUUAAUCUCCGAGGGCUUAAAAUUCUCUCACUUUCUUCCAACAACUUCAGUGGCUCCUUCCCUCUUAACAGUGUGCAACAACUCAAAAAUCUUUCCAGUCUUGAUCUUUCAUACAAUAGUUUGUCAAUUAGUUACAAUAGUACAAAUUCCUCAGAGUCAUCCUUUCCUAAUAUUACCACAUUAAAAUUGGCUUCUGGAGAGUUGAGAACAUUUCCUAAUUUCUUGAGAGAUCAAUCCAGAUUACGCUAUUUGGACCUUUCACAGAACCAGAUUCAUGGAGAGAUACCCAACUGGAUUUGGAAGCUCAAUAAUCUAUUACAACUAAAUCUGUCUUUCAACUCCCUUGUAACUCUAGAAGGUCCUUUAACCAAUCUUGCUUCUAGUUUGUCUGUGCUUGACCUUCAUUCUAACCAGCUUCAGGGACAAGUCCCAAUUUUUCCACCAUUUGCCACUUAUCUGGAUUACUCGAGAAACAGUUUCACCUCUAGCAUACCGGCUGACAUUGGUGAUUUCUUUACUUACACUCUUUUCUUGUCUCUUUCAAGCAACAAAUUUCAAGGGAGCAUUCCAGGAUCAAUAUGCAAUGCGUCAUAUCUUCAGGUUCUUGAUCUGUCCAAUAAUUCUUUAACUGGCAUCAUUCCCCCAUGCUUGACUGCAACAGGCGGAACUCUUGUGGUACUCAAUUUAAGGAGAAAUAAACUUGCUGGCAGAAUUCCUGAUAGAUUUCCUGGCCAUUGUACUUUGAAAACUCUAGACUUCAGUGGAAAUCUUCUAGAAGGUCAGUUUCCAAAAUCUCUAGCCAAUUGCAGAGUGUUAGAAGUUUUGAACCUUGGAAACAAUGAGAUAAGGGAUACAUUUCCGUGCUUGUUGAAGAACAUAUCCACCUUGCGUGUCCUUGUUUUGCGAUCAAACCAAUUUUUUGGACGCUUGGGAUGUUCCAACACCACUGGUACCUGGCCAAUGCUUCAAAUUGUUGACAUAGCACACAACAACUUUAGUGGUGAAAUACCGGGAAAAUGCUUGACGACAUGGCAGGCAAUGAUGGGCAAUGAAGAUGCCCAAUCAUCAAUCGAUCAUCUACAAUUUCCUGUCUUUAGAUUCAGUGACGGGCUAAAUUAUCAGGAUGCUAUAACAGUUACCACCAAAGGACUAGAGUUGGAAUUUGUCAAGAUUUUAACCGUCUUCACCUCUAUUGACAUCUCGUGCAACAAUUUCAAUGGAUCAAUACCGGCAGAAGUGGGACAACUGAAAGCACUCUAUGGCCUCAACAUGUCCAAUAAUGCUCUCACAGGCACUAUCCCAUCAUCAUUGGGUAACCUAACACAAAUUGAGUCCUUGGACUUUUCGAGCAACAGCCUGAGCGGGCCAAUUCCACCACAGCUUACACAGCUCACUUUCCUGUCAUUCUUGAAUCUCUCAGAUAACCAACUGGUUGGGAUGAUACCGAUUGGUACUCAGUUUCAAACAUUUUCUUCAGAUUCCUUUGAAGAUAAUGAAGGAUUAUGUGGAACACCUUUAUCUGUAAAAUGCAGUAAUUCCAGCCCCUCACCAGAUGCACCAUCCAAUGAAAAAGAGUCAGGUGGGUUUGAUUGGCAGUCCAUAUAUACUGGACUGGGGUUUGGAGUGGGAGCAGGAGUGGUUGUUAUUCUCUUAAUGUUGUGGGAGGAAGGAAGAAAUUGGAUGGACUACAGCAUUGAUAAAAUUCUUCUGGUACUUCUUCCAAUGAUGGGAUUCUCUUACAAAACUCGUCACGAAUGGGAUGAUGAUGGGGAGGAAGAUUAUGAACAAGAUAGCAUGUAUUUCACAGGAGACUAUGAUCAAGAUGAGAUUGAAUCAGAAGACAAAGGAAUUCAGGGUCCAUUUUGUGUGUUCUGUUCAAAAUUUGAUAUCAGUAGGAAGAGUCCCAUCCAUAACCCAAAUUGUACAUGCCAUUUGUCACCACCUAUGUCAUCUACUUCUUCCUCCUCGUCCUCUUUCUCUUCAUAG